UAAGACUGGUUCGAAAUCCUUCAUUAGCAUAAACGCCCUAUAAGUAGGAGAAGUCCGUUUCCAAUCCACACUGAGCUUCCGGUGUUUGGAGAUCAGAAGAUGCCUGAGCCUGCGAAAUCUGCUCCCGCCCCGAAGAAGGGGUCCAAGAAGGCAGUCACCAAGGCGCAGAAGAAGGAUGGCAAGAAGCGCAAGCGCAGCCGCAAGGAGAGCUACUCGGUGUACGUGUACAAGGUGCUGAAGCAAGUGCACCCGGAUACCGGCAUCUCUUCCAAGGCCAUGGGCAUCAUGAACUCAUUCGUGAACGACAUCUUCGAGCGCAUCGCGGGCGAGGCGUCGCGCUUGGCGCAUUACAACAAGCGCUCGACCAUCACGUCCCGGGAGAUCCAGACGGCGGUGCGCCUGCUGCUGCCCGGUGAAUUGGCCAAGCACGCUGUGUCCGAGGGCACCAAGGCGGUCACCAAGUACACCAGCUCCAAGUAAUCGUGCCAAGUAAGCUUCUAUUUGGAAUUCCAAAGGC